AUGGUAAAACUCGCUAACCCGCUGUACACAGAGUGGAUUUUAGAGGCCAUCAAAAAAGUGAAGAAGCAGAAACAGCGUCCUUCAGAGGAAAGGAUAUGCAAUGCAGUAUCUUCAUCCCAUGGCUUGGAUCGGAAAACUGUUUUAGAACAAUUAGAGUUGAGUGUUAAAGAUGGAACAAUUUUAAAAGUCUCUAAUAAAGGACUCAAUUCUUAUAAAGAUCCUGAUAAUCCUGGGCGAAUAGCACUUCCUAAACCUCGAAACCAUGGAAAAUUGGAUAAUAAACAAAAUGUGGAUUGGAAUAAACUGAUCAAACGUGCAGUUGAGGGCUUGGCAGAGUCCGGUGGCUCAACUUUGAAAAGCAUUGAACGUUUUUUGAAAGGUCAGAAGGAUGUGUCUGCAUUAUUUGGAGGCAGUGCUGCCUCCGGCUUUCACCAGCAGUUACGAUUGGCUAUCAAACGUGCCGUUGGCCACGGCAGACUCCUUAAAGAUGGACCCCUUUAUCGGCUCAACACUAAAGCAACCAAUGUGGAUGGGAAAGAAAGUUGUGAGUCUCUUUCUUGUUUACCUCCAGUGUCACUCCUUCCACAUGAGAAAGAUAAGCCAGUUGCUGAACCAAUCCCCAUCUGUAGUUUCUGUCUUGGUACAAAAGAGCAAAACCGAGAUAAGAAGCCAGAGGAGCUCAUCUCCUGUGCUGAUUGUGGCAACAGUGGUCAUCCAUCCUGUUUAAAAUUUUCCCCUGAACUAACGGUCAGAGUGAAGGCCUUACGGUGGCAGUGCAUUGAGUGUAAAACAUGCAGCUCCUGUCGAGAUCAAGGCAAAAAUGCAGAUAACAUGCUCUUUUGUGAUUCGUGCGACCGAGGUUUUCACAUGGAAUGUUGUGAUCCACCACUCACCCGAAUGCCAAAAGGCAUGUGGAUAUGUCAAAUAUGUCGACCUAGGAAAAAAGGACGAAAACUUCUACAAAAGAAGGCAGCACAGAUAAAACGGCGCUAUGCUAAUCCAAUAGGACGACCAAAAAACAGGUUAAAGAAACAAAACACGGUAUCAAAAGGUCCCUUCAGCAAAGUUCGAACUGGCCCUGGAAGGGGUCGGAAACGUAAAAUCACUCUCUCCAGCCAAUCAGCAUCGUCAUCAGAAGAAGGAUAUUUAGAGCGAAUAGAUGGCUUGGACUUCUGCAGAGAUAGCAGUGUUCCCCUAAAGUUCAACAAGAAAACCAAAGGGCUCAUUGAUGGCCUUACCAAAUUCUUCACCCCUUCCCCUGAUGGGCGGAAAGCUCGAGGGGAAGUGGUAGACUACUCUGAGCAAUAUAGAAUCAGGAAAAAGGGCAACAGGAAAUCAAGCACUUCAGAUUGGCCCACAGACAAUCAGGAUGGCUGGGAUGGCAAACAAGAAAGUGAGGAGCGGCUUUUUGGGAGCCAGGAAAUCAUGACUGAGAAAGAUAUGGAAUUAUUUCGUGAUAUCCAGGAACAAGCAUUGCAGAAAGUUGGAGUGACUGGCCCCCCUGAUCCACAAGUCCGCUGUCCCUCUGUCAUUGAGUUUGGGAAAUAUGAAAUUCAUACCUGGUACUCCUCCCCAUAUCCUCAAGAAUAUUCAAGGCUGCCUAAAUUGUAUCUUUGUGAAUUUUGUCUAAAAUAUAUGAAAAGCAGAACUAUUCUACAGCAGCACAUGAAGAAAUGUGGUUGGUUCCACCCUCCUGCCAAUGAGAUUUACCGAAAAAAUAACAUUUCUGUCUUUGAGGUUGAUGGGAAUGUGAGUACCAUUUAUUGUCAGAACCUGUGUCUCUUGGCAAAGCUGUUUCUGGACCACAAAACACUCUAUUAUGACGUGGAGCCAUUUCUUUUUUAUGUACUAACACAGAAUGAUGUCAAGGGCUGCCACCUAGUUGGCUACUUUUCUAAAGAAAAGCACUGCCAACAGAAAUACAACGUUUCCUGUAUAAUGAUUCUUCCCCAAUACCAGCGUAAGGGCUAUGGCAGGUUUCUCAUCGAUUUCAGUUAUUUGUUAUCAAAACGUGAAGGUCAAGCAGGAUCUCCAGAGAAACCAUUAUCUGAUCUUGGCCGUCUUUCCUACAUGGCUUAUUGGAAAAGUGUAAUAUUGGAGUGCCUUUAUCAUCAAAAUGACAAACAAAUCAGCAUUAAGAAGUUAAGUAAGUUGACUGGAAUCUGCCCUCAAGACAUUACUUCCACACUCCACCACCUACGAAUGCUGGACUUCCGUAGUGACCAAUUUGUGAUUAUCCGCCGGGAAAAACUUAUCCAGGAUCACAUGGCGAAGCUUCAGCUGAAUUUGCGUCCUGUAGAUGUAGAUCCAGAAUGUUUACGCUGGACUCCUGUUAUAGUCUCCAACUCUGUUGUCUCAGAGGAGGAAGAAGAGGAGGCUGAGGAAGGAGAAAAUGAAGAGCCACAGUGCCAGGAAAGAGAAUUAGAGUCCAGUGUGGGAAAGUCAGUGUCUCGGGAAAACAAAGAACAAGAUUCUUAUUCUUCAAUAGAAAGUGAAAAGAAACCAGAAGUUAUACCUACAGCCAUUUCUACACGUUUAAACAAGCAAGUCCUUCACCGUGAUAGUCUUCCUGCAAAUAGUCAGCCAUCUCGGAGAGGCCGCUGGGGGAGGAAGAACAAAAAAACCCAGGAACAUUUUGGUGAUAAAGACUCUAAACUGCUCUUGCAAGAAACAUCAUCAACUCCUCAGGAACAAUAUGGAGAAUGUGAGGAAAAGUCAGAAACUUCCCAAGAACCAUACACUGAAAGUGAGGAGCCAUUGACAGCCUCUCAGGAGCAGCCAAGUCAUGAUGGGAAGCCAGACAUUCCUAAAAGAAGAUUAAGUGAAGGGGUUGAGCUGUGGCGAGGACAGCUAAAGAAAAGCCCUGAGACUCUAAAGUGCAGAUUAUCAGAAGGAAAUGAUAGAAUGCCUCGUCGCUACAGUGAUGGCGACAGGACUCUCCUCAGGGACUUCAGUGAGAGUAGUGAGGAGGAAGAAGAGCCAGAAAGUCCUCGAUCCAACUCACCACCCAUUCUUACAAAGCCCACGUUGAAGAGAAAGAAACCAAUUCUUCACCGAAGAAGAAGAGUCCGAAAGCGCAAACACCACAAUAGCAGUGUGGUCACAGAAACUAUUUCGGAGACAACAGAGGUGUUAGAUGAACCUUUUGAAGACUCUGACUCUGAGAGGCCAAUGCCAAGAUUAGAACCUACCUUUGAGAUUGAUGAAGAGGAAGAGGAAGAAGAUGAAAAUGAACUCUUCCCUAGAGGAUAUUUCCAUCGUUUGUCCUCACAAGAUGUUCUCAGGUGCCGAUCCUCUUCCAAGAGGAAGUCUAAAGAUGAAGAAGAAGAAGAAGAGUCAGAUGAUGCCGAUGACACUCCUAUCCUGAAGCCGGUAUCUCUCUUACGAAAAUGUGACAUGAAGGAUUCUUCACUUGAGCCAGAUACAUCCACACCUAUGAAAAAGAAAAAGGGAUGGCCAAAAGGCAAGAGUCGCAAACCAAUCCACUGGAAGAAAAGACCUGGUCGCAAACCAGGGUUUAAGUUGAAUCGAGAAAUUAUACCCGUUUCUACUCAAGAAUGCAUCAUUGAGCCCAUUGUCCCCAUUCCUAAACCUGGACGUAAAAUGAAAAUUCAAGAGAAUGAAGAAAGUGUUGAACCAAAAGAAGACUUGCCCUUAACCGAAGAAAGGAAGGAAGAGGAGAUGCAUGUGGAAGCAGAAGAGGUGGAAGAGGGAGAAGAGGAGGAUACAACCAGCAGUGAAGUUAGAGCAAUGUCUCCAAUGGAUAGCAGCAAUAGUCCCGAGACAGAAACUAAAGAACCCGAGGUCGAAGAGGAAGAAGAGAAACCCCGCAUUUUAGAAGAGCAGAGGCAAUCAGAGGAAGAGCAACAAGAACUGGAAGAACAGGAGCAAGAAGAAGAAGAUGAAGUGGCUGUAGAGACAAACCAGAAUGAAGACCAUGAUGCUGAUGAUGAAGAUGAUGGUCAUCUGGAAUCUACAAAGAAAAAAGAGCUAGAGGAGCAGUCUGCUAGAGAAGAUGUCAAGGAGGAGCUUGGUAGUCAGGAAUCUUUUUUAGAUAGUAAUAUGCAGAACAAUAGGGAGAAUGCAAAAGAUAAGGAUGAAACAGAACCAGAUUCUGAAGAGGAACAGACUUCCCAUGAAACAUCCGUGGUGUCAGAGCACGUCCCAGGGUCUGAGGAUGAUCCUGAAGAAGAUUCAAACACUAAAGAAGAAUUAAUUGAAUUAAAAGAAGAAGAAGAGAUUCCUCAUAGUGAGUUGGAUCUGGAAACUGUGCAAGCAGUUCAAUCUUUGACUCAAGAAGAAAGCAAUGAGCAUGAGGGAGCAUACCAGGACUGUGAAGAAACUCUUGCAGCUUGUCAGACCCUGCAGAGUUAUACUCAAGCUGAUGAAGACCCUCAGAUAUCAAUGGUUGAAGACUGCCAUGCUUCGGAACACAAUAGCCCGAUAUCCUCUGUUCAGUCUCAUCCUAGCCAGUCAGUCCGUUCGGUCAGCAGUCCCAACGUGCCUGCCCUUGAGAGUGGUUAUACCCAGAUCAGCCCUGAACAAGGAUCCCUGUCCGCACCCUCUAUGCAGAACAUGGAGACCAGCCCCAUGAUGGAUGUGCCUUCUGUAUCAGACCACUCUCAGCAGGUGGUGGACAGUGGCUUCAGUGACCUGGGCAGCAUUGAGAGCACCACCGAAAACUAUGAGAACCCUAGCAGUUAUGAUUCCACAAUGGGAGGCAGCAUUUGUGGCAAUAACUCCUCUCAGAGCAGCUGCUCCUAUGGUGGGUUGUCAUCCUCCAGCAGCCUCACCCAGAACAGUUGUGUUGUCACUCAACAAAUGGCAAACAUGGGCAACAGCUGCAGCAUGAUGCAGCAGAACAAUGUCCAGCCUGCUGCCAACUGCAGCAUCAAGUCACCUCAGAGUUGUGUGGUGGAGAGGCCUCCAAGUAACCAGCAGCAGCAGCAGCAGCCGCCACCACCACCACCACCGCAGCAGCAACAGCAGCAGCAGCAGCAGCAGCAGCAGCAGCAGCAGCAACAACCAGCACCACAGCCUCCACCGCCCCAGCAACAACAGCAGCAGCAGCAGCAACCACAACCUCAGCCCCAACAGCCUCAACCUCCACCCCCACCCCAACAGCAGCCCCCCCUGUCACAGUGUAGUAUGAAUAAUAGUUUCACUCCAGCACCUAUGAUCAUGGAGAUACCGGAAUCUGGAAGCACUGGGAAUAUAAGUAUCUAUGAGAGGAUCCCAGGGGAUUUUGGUGCCGGCAGCUACUCUCAACCAUCAGCCACCUUCAGUUUAGCCAAGCUGCAGCAGCUGACUAACACCAUUAUGGACCCUCAUGCCAUGCCUUAUAGCCAUUCUCCUGCUGUGACUUCCUAUGCAACCAGUGUUUCUUUGUCUAAUACAGGACUGGCUCAGCUAGCUCCAUCUCAUCCAUUAGCUGGGACCCCUCAAGCACAAGCCACCAUGACGCCACCUCCAAACUUGGCAUCUACCACCAUGAACCUCACAUCACCUCUGCUACAGUGCAACAUGUCUGCCACCAACAUCGGCAUUCCUCACACUCAGAGGUUGCAAGGGCAAAUGCCAGUCAAGGGGCACAUUUCCAUUCGCUCCAAAUCUGCGCCACUGCCCUCCGCAGCUGCUCACCAGCAGCAGCUGUAUGGCCGCAGCCCACCAGCGGUUGCCAUGCAGGCUGGCCCUCGUGCACUGGCUGUUCAGCGUGGCAUGAACAUGGGGGUUAACUUAAUGCCAACUCCUGCCUAUAAUGUCAAUUCUAUGAAUAUGAACACCUUGAAUGCCAUGAACAGCUAUCGAAUGACACAGCCCAUGAUGAACAGCAGUUACCAUAGUAACCCUGCCUACAUGAACCAGACAGCACAGUAUCCUAUGCAGAUGCAGAUGGGAAUGAUGGGGAGCCAGGCCUAUACCCAGCAGCCUAUGCAGCCAAACCCUCAUGGAAACAUGAUGUACACUGGCCCCUCCCAUCACAGCUACAUGAAUGCUGCUGGCGUGCCCAAGCAGUCACUCAAUGGACCUUACAUGAGAAGAUGA